CCGCCCUGCGCCCCUAGCUGCAGCCCGGCCACGCAGGGAGGAACGCAGCGGGCAUCCAUCUCCCCCGCGUCGAGAGCGCGCUGCAGCGACCACCGCACAACAGAGCGCGGAUUUCCCGGACCCCUCUCCUCCUUCCCCCCUCCGGGGGCUGAUCUAUCUGUCCGGCCCUGGGAGCAGCUGACCUUACCUACCAAAGCUUUGUGUCGAUUUCUACAUUUUCCCGCUGAGAUGGGGAUGGGAGCCCGAUCCCCCCACCCUCUUUUCCCUCCGCCCAGGGCUCGCCGCUGAGCGCCGCCCCCCUUCCUCCCCUUCUUCCUUCCCUCUCUCCCGCCCUUCUUUCCUCCUCUGCCUCCUCCGCAACCGGACCAGCUCUUUCCUACAUCUGGCGCCCAGAGACCCUUGGGAUCCCGCGCACACUCCCCUGGAGCAGCACCCGACAGAAAGCGCCCUGAGGGGCUUGCGUCGCUCGUGGGGUAGCCAGAGCCGCGGUCCUCUGUACCCCCCGACGGCUGGGGGGAGGGGGGAGGAGGCUGCGCGCCCCCCUCCCCGGCGCCAACUCCCCCUGGCGGCCGCUCCCAUGGGUGUCGCUGGGCCGCGCCAUGCCUAAGGGGGCGCCGCGAUGGGCCAAGGGGACGAGAGCGAGCGCAUCGUGAUCAACGUGGGCGGCACGCGCCACCAGACGUACCGCUCGACGCUGCGCACGCUGCCCGGCACGCGGCUCGCCUGGCUGGCGGAGCCCGAUGCCCACAGCCAUUUCGACUAUGACCCGCGUGCCGACGAGUUCUUUUUCGACCGCCACCCGGGCGUCUUCGCGCACAUUUUGAACUACUACCGCACGGGCAAGCUGCACUGCCCGGCAGACGUGUGCGGGCCGCUCUACGAAGAGGAGCUGGCCUUCUGGGGCAUCGACGAGACCGACGUGGAGCCCUGCUGCUGGAUGACAUACCGCCAGCACCGGGACGCGGAGGAGGCGCUCGACAGCUUUGGCGGUGCGCCCCUGGACAACAGCGCUGACGACGCGGACGCCGACGGCCCUGGAGACUCAGGCGACGGCGAGGACGAGCUGGAGAUGACCAAGCGCCUGGCGCUCAGUGACUCCCCUGACGGACGGCCUGGUGGCUUCUGGCGCCGCUGGCAGCCGCGCAUCUGGGCGCUCUUUGAGGACCCCUACUCAUCCCGCUACGCGAGGUACGUGGCCUUUGCCUCCCUCUUCUUCAUCCUGGUCUCCAUCACCACCUUCUGCCUGGAGACCCAUGAGCGCUUCAACCCUAUUGUGAACAAGACGGAGAUUGAGAAUGUCCGGAAUGGCACGCAGGUGCGCUACUACCGGGAAGCGGAGACGGAGGCCUUCCUCACCUACAUCGAGGGUGUCUGCGUGGUCUGGUUCACCUUCGAGUUCCUCAUGCGUGUCAUCUUCUGCCCCAACAAGGUCGAGUUCAUCAAGAACUCACUCAACAUCAUCGACUUUGUGGCCAUCCUCCCCUUCUACCUGGAGGUGGGCCUGAGUGGCCUGUCCUCUAAGGCGGCCAAGGACGUCCUGGGCUUCCUGCGCGUCGUCCGCUUCGUGCGCAUCCUGCGCAUCUUCAAGCUGACCCGCCACUUUGUGGGCCUGCGGGUCCUGGGGCACACCCUCCGUGCCAGCACCAACGAGUUCUUACUGCUGAUCAUCUUCCUGGCCCUGGGCGUCCUGAUCUUUGCCACCAUGAUCUACUACGCAGAGAGGAUAGGGGCACAGCCCAAUGACCCCAGCGCCAGUGAGCACACCCACUUUAAGAACAUCCCCAUUGGCUUCUGGUGGGCCGUGGUCACCAUGACAACACUGGGCUACGGAGACAUGUACCCACAGACGUGGUCCGGGAUGCUGGUGGGAGCGCUGUGUGCGCUGGCUGGGGUGCUGACCAUCGCCAUGCCCGUGCCCGUCAUCGUGAACAAUUUUGGGAUGUAUUACUCCUUAGCCAUGGCUAAGCAGAAACUACCAAAGAAAAAAAAGAAGCAUAUUCCACGGCCACCGCAGCUGGGAUCUCCCAAUUAUUGUAAAUCUGUCGUAAACUCUCCACACCACAGUACUCAGAGUGACACAUGCCCGCUGGCCCAGGAAGAAAUUUUAGAAAUUAACAGAGCAGGCACACAGAACAGCAGUGAGGCCCCAGAGAAGACCGUGCCCGGGACCCCUGGGAGCUACCAGUGCAGCCUCCGGGGCACCUUUGGGGUGGGGGCGGGAGGUUCUCCCCUGAGCACGUGAGUCCGGAUGGCCCUCUCCCUGCCCCCACCUUUCCCCUGCCGGCUGCAGAGGGAGCGGAGCGGUGCUGGGCCGGAGCAGGGAGACUGACAUGACUGGGGCAGAGGUGACCAGGAAGGGGUCGGCGGGCCCUUGCGCAUGAGCGGAUCAAGUGUCUGCUCCAACGCGGGGCCAGGGUGGGCAGCUGGGGUCCAUGUGGGGUCCGCGUGGCCCCCCAGUGGUCUGAGGGGGAGGUUACAGAAAAUGAUGCAGCUCCGAGGGCCAGGCCUGGUGUUCUUUUCUGUGUUGUUCAUAUUCUCUCUUUUUCUCUCUCUUCACUAAUCAUGUUUCUCUCUCUUUCUCUCCUCGUUUUGUUGCAUGACUUGUGCCGGUUCUCGUGACUGUACUCUGCUCGUGUCUCUCCCAGACUGUCCCCAGUUAGCCUGGGACUUUUUCCCUGAGCCCCUCGCUGGGCAGACCCCUUGGAGCUAAACCCAAGGAAAUGCCCAGCAACCCCCCACCCCGCCCCAGCCCUGUGUGCGCCCCUGGUGGCCGCCGCUGGUCUGAACAGUAAGUACGUUGGCGGUGCCCAGAGACCAGGGCGGAGAAGCCAGCCCUGCUGGCCGAGGGCCCUGACACCGGGUUCUCCUUGCUCCAAAGUUUAAAAAAAAUGACCCUCUUGCGGACGCUCAUCUAUCUCAGCCCAUUUCAAAGCCUGGAAACCAUCUCUGUGAGCUGCUGCCCAUGCUGCCAUUUCAUCAUCGCAAGCCCAUGGGUCUAGAGGGGCGGAGGGGCCCGGGGCCAGGGGAGGCAGGGCUCCCAUGUUCUGGGGAGCAGGUGGGAACCGAGGCUCCUGGUGGCCACCUUAUCCAAAGGACGGGGUAACGGCAGGAGGGUGGGGAGCCUUGGGUGAGCUGACCCUCUGGCCUUUCCCACGCAUUCCCCCAAUUGAGAGAGUCGGCCCCUCCUUUGUUUCCCUCUCAUCCAGCCACCCCUCUGGAGUUGGAGAGGGAGAAUGCUCCCAGUUUCUGACAGCACCUCAAACCACAGAUAAACCAACAGCCCAGGGAGGCUGGCUCCUUCACAGAGCAAGACCUCAACUCUUCCAGUUAUAGCCCCCUCCUUAGAAUCGAGGUUGAUAGAAGCAGCAGGCCCAGAUGUGUCUGGUGGUGGCGGGGGGGGCGUCUCUUGAGGGAAGCAAGGGUACAAAGCUCACAUCCACCCAGGGAUCCCUGAUGGUUGCCCCUGCUCCCAUCCCCUGCAGGGAAAACCAGCCCCCACACGGGACCCUUUAACAGCUGUGGGAGCUGGAUGCUCCAGGGGCGUGGCACGGGGGUGGGGCAGAGCCAUUGGUGGGGACUCAGCACUCAGAGCCUGAGGAGAGGUCUCUGCCACCCACCUCUGACCCACCCCUGGGCAAGAACUGUAGGUUGUAGCUACCUCUACUGACAGGCCAACAGAGAGACAGCAGGUCCUGGCUCCCCUCCCAGAUGGAGAUGCUGCCUGCUAGGGCUUACGGUUUUCCCCUUGCGGAAAAUUUGUGCAGGGUGCUAUGGGCCCCGACUUCCACACCCCCAUCCACAUUCUCCUUCUUCUGCUUCCCUCCCCUCUCCCCAACCAGCCUCUUCUCUCAGCCCAGAGAGGGAGGGAAGCCAGGUGCCAGCCAGAGCUGGGGUGGGGGCAGGACUGGGCGUGUCUGUGCACCCAGAUGUGUGCCCAGGGCCACGCCGCAAGUGCUAGGCGGCCCCCAGACCCCAGGGAGGCCCCAGCCCCCGUUAUGUGGUGUCAGAGUUACCUUAGUAACUGGGCUUUCUGGCUCAGAGUAAAUCGGGGAGUGAAGCCCCUGGGAUUUGUCAAGAAACGCACUGUACGUGAAAUGCUUUGCCAUCUUGUAUGACAGACUUUUUUUUUUUAAGUUCCAAAAUUAUGAUGGGAUUUUUUUUGGAUUUGCUUUAUGAAUAAACCUGAUUGGUCCAUUUCUCUUUUGACUGACUGCCUCUUUGUAGUGACAUGAUGUGCACACGGGCCGUGGUCCUGCCCGCGGGCACACGGAGCAUGUGCCCGCGGAGAAGGAUCACCUCUGCGUGUAGUUACAUGAUGUGAACAGGGUCACGGAAGAGGGUCAAAUCGGGAGGAGACUGCCUCCAGCUUUUUUUCCCUUUUAGUCUCACAGAGACCCCCCCAACCCCGUUCCGUGGUCCCACUCAUGUUGGUGCCAGUCUUCCCUGGAGACUCGCACCCUAGGUGAAGUCUUUGAGAAAGCCAAGGUGCCCACCGUGGGGUCUGAGUUGGCUCCACCCUGGCCAGGAACAUUCUGCUCUGAGAGCCCAGAGCGUGGGUCAGGCUCCGUCCCCAAGAGUGAUGGGUGGGGCCGGAGGCCACCCAGAGUACCUCUGCCAGCUCCAGAGGCUUCCCUAGCGCUGCUCCUGGACUUGGGAGAGGGUGAGCUCCCUGCUGUGGCCACACCUUGCCCCCACCAUGUGUCCCCAGACCUCCUCCCAGGUUCCUUCUCAGGCUACCACAGAGCCCAAGACGCGUCUUCCCCACCUGAGUCCAUCAGCUGCUGUUGUCUUUACACAUCCAUCUGCUCUGCUUUUCGGGGGAUGCUGCUGAAAGGAGACGGAGGCAUGGGAGCCCGCUCCCAAAUCAUGGCUCGCUGUCACCGGCUCAUGCAAACAUCCCUGUUGUGCCUAUGCUCGCUGACCGGGCCUGCUUGGCGCAGAGCGGGGUGGGCGGCCCUGGCUUGAUCUGAGUGGGGAUCGGAGCGGACCGAGUGACCAGCAUUAGUCUGUGUGGCGGAUGGAGCAGACUGAGUGGUCAGAUUGGGUCUGUAUUGGGGACAGAGGAGACUGUGCGACCAGGCCGAGUCUUCAUGGGGGGCAGAGCAUACAGAGUGACCCAAUUAGAUCCCUGUGGGAUGCGGGCCGGCUGUGUGAUCAGGUGAGGUGUGCAUGGGGGUCAGCGUGAAGUGAGUGAUCAGACGGGAUCCAAUGGGGAGUGGGAUAGCGUUGAUGGACAGGGUCUGGAUGGGGUUAGGGACGCCUGAGCUGGAUAAGAAUGGGAGGCAACCAAGCUCUGGUCAGCAGCAGAGGGGUCAGAAAAGGCUGCCUCUCUAGACUGGAGUGUUUCUGUGUGUCUGUCUGUCUUCCCCCUGAGCUCUGUGUCUGGCCCUCUACCCAUAUCUGCAUCCACACCAUCGUGUCUCAUCGGCCGGCCCCGGGCCCUGGGCCCAGCCCCCAGCACCGCGCUUGCUGGGCCCGCCAACUCAUCUUUUUGCAAACUUUGAGCAAACCCAGGAAGUCCCUCCUUUGCAGCACCGUGGGCGGCCCAUAGGCUGCCUGAAUGAGCCGGAACCCCCAGCCUCGAGCCUCCCUCCAUGGCCCCUCGCUUUUCCGUCCUCAGGGAUGGGCUGCCCUUUGCCAAUGCCCCACCUCCGGCCUAUUUCCCCCUCCACUAAACAGUUUUCAGUGUCUC